UUUAAUUAAUGAAUUUAUUUAAAACCAUAAAUUUACUAUUGUUCUUGUUUGGAUAGUCAGUCUUAUAUCUCAACAUAUGGAUCAUGUCAACCGAUAGUUGAAAAGAAUUAGAAGUGAACAGAGCAUAUAAAAUUAAAAUCAAGAAAAUUGAACCAUAAACUAAAUAGAAACUUUAUUAAUUAAAUCCAACAAAUAAGUACAUGUUCAUCGUGGAACCCUAAUAAAGAGAGGUUUAGUUACACAUGGCAACAAACAUCAUUACAAAAUAAGAGAAAACAUACCAUAGAGAAGAAAAUGAGGAGGAUAAAACCCUCUACCUUAAGCUAUAAUACUUGACCAUUUCCUUGUACCGCUAGCUCUUUAAAUGAAUAAAAGUGUGUGCAAAUGUCUCUAUUUAUAUACAUCAUUACUUCUAGGUUAAGAGAGGGAAAUUGGGCUUUUUCCUCGGAUCCAGCUUGGAAAACAAACUCAAGGGUGCGAAUUCUGCAAUUUUUCGUCCUUUUUCGGGUUCUUUCAUCUUGAAAUGCGUUGGAACUUGGGAUAAAUUUUUCCAACUUGCAUUGUCUUAAAAAAAAAAACCUUUUAUCUUCGUUAUUCACAUCAUUUGAUGUCUUGCUUUGCUGAUUUAUAUGAUUUCUCACUAAAAUGACUCAAAACACCUAUCAAGUUGCAUGAUUAGGGAUGAAACUGAAUUCAAAUGAAAACAAUAAAAAUAUUCCUCAAAUCAUGUACAACUCCUCUAUAUAACCUUUGAUUUAUCUUAAAAAAAAAAACUAAAAACAUAGUUCCCUCAUCGGUCACUCAUGAGUUAGUACAUAUAGCUCCAUUAGAAGAUAUAUGUAAUUAUAAAAUUUGUUUUAAAAAAAUAUAUGUAAUUUUAUUUACUUAAAAUAUCAAUUAUCAAACAAUAGAGAGGGACUUGAUGCAUUUACUCAAAACGAAGUGACUAACCUAAACUCAAACUCAAGUCUUCGGCUCUUUUGUGAGACAGAUAGGGAGCGUCGUCAACUUUCAUCUGCACCCACACCGCUCGCUCUGAUGAAUACGCAGCUGCCGAACUUGCGGCGUCUCCGCUCUCAAUCCAAUCUGCCGCCGUCAGAAACACUCCCCGACGAGGUUAUGGCCGAAAUCUUAUCAAGGCUUCCAGUAAGAUCUUUGAUGCAGAUCAAGUGUGUGUGUAAGUCUUGGAACACUAUUAUUUCUGAUCCUAAAUUCAUCAAAAUGCACCUCAAUAGAUCUGCACGAAACCCGAACUUCUCAGUAGUCUCUUACGAGACACCCUCAUUUGAUGAUGAUGAUCACCGUUUCGUACCUUUUCCUGCUGGUAGUUUAUUAGAUAACCCUCAUAUCACCUUUCCUAAGGAUCCUUAUUAUCUAUUGCAUGACAAGGAUUGUCGUGAAGUUAUUGGUUCAUGCAAUGGAUUGGUCUGCUUGUUAGGGACCGAGACAUACACAAAGUUGAUGCUCCCUCCUGGUGCUGAGGAGUCGACACAUUCAUCAAAUGUUUGUGUGUUGAUGAACUCCUUAUGCUUUUCUCAUGAUUUCAACAAAACAGAUUUUGUUAUAUGGAAGAUGACAGAAUUUGGAGAUGACAGGUCUUGGACUAAAUUCUUUACAUUUAGCUAUCACAACCUUCAAGUGAAUUUAAAUUCAAGAUUUGUUUACUCGUGGUUGAAAUUAAAGGCAUUGCAUCUUUCUGAAGAUGGUGAUACAAUCGUAUUCGCAAGCUGCCUGCAUAACCAAGCAAUUCUCUAUAACUUGAGAACUAAUAGAGUACUGGAAUCUAGAGUUAACAAAAAGAUAUGUUGGUACUCUAUCAAGGAUUAUGUCGAAAGUCUGGUUUCAACCUGCUGAAAAUCUACAACCUGAACUUGAGAAUGAUGGAGCAUGGCUGCGGAAUGCUAUGAAGAAAAAUAUUGGAGCUUAUUGGAACUACAACUUGUUUGGUUAUUGUACUCAUUUUAUAGUCUAUUUUCACCCGAGCUAAAACUCCACACUUUGAGUUAUUUUAUUGAUGUCUCUGGAUGUUAAACUUAUUUUAUGGUAUGUGUUCACAUGGGAAGGUAUAAAGCUUUCUCACCAUGAAAAA